AAAAAAAAAAGUUUGCAGAGUCUUUUACGAAGCGGAACAGAGAGAGAUCAUUCGGGAAUAAUCCUAUCUGGGUUCGACGCUCCUGAAUUUAUUUGUACUCCGCGAUCCGCAAACCCCAAGCAAACGAAUCCCUCCUCACGAAAAAUCCCUACUUUUUUCCUCUUCGUCUUCCCCCCGAGCAAUGCUCUGCUGCUUCUGCUGAUGCUACAUCAAUGGAAACCAUAAGCAGCAGCUUCAACAACCCCCUCCUCCUCUCUCUCCCCGUCCCCUCUCCCCAAAACCCUAAACCCCAGCUCCCCUCCAACCUCAAAACCCUGGUCCUCAAAAAGCUCCAAUCUUUCUCCAAUGGCGGCCUCCCCUCCGCCAGCAUCUUCAACCAGAACCUCCUCAAGGGCAGCAGCAUCGGCAGUUUAGUCAUGAGCACAAGCGCCGCCGUGUCGGUAUCCAGGGCGAAGGUCAGCCCUUUCCUGGGCACGCUGGCGGGAAACCCUACUUUUGUCUCUGGGCUUGUCGCUUGGGUCCUCGCGCAGUCCAUGAAGGUGUUCUUGAACUUCUUCGUCGAGAAAACGUGGGAUUUUGGGAUGCUUGUGAGCUCCGGCGGGAUGCCGUCGUCGCAUUCGGCGCUGUGCACGGCGCUGACGGCCUCGGUGGCGCUGUGCCAUGGGGUUGGGGAUUCCCUGUUUCCUGUGUGUUUAGGGUUUAGUUUGAUUGUUAUGUAUGAUGCCAUUGGGGUCAGAAGGCACGCCGGGAUGCAAGCUGAGGUACUAAAUAAGAUUAUCGAGGACUUGUUUCAAGGCCAUCCUAUCAGCCAAAGAAAACUUAAAGAGCUCCUUGGUCACACUCCAUCCCAAGUAAUUGCCGGAGCUCUUCUGGGCAUUGUGGUUGCUUAUGUCUGCUGUCAAGGCAUUUGUGCCAUUUGAAAAUUUCAGCAUCAGGUACACAACAUGAGUAGAAUGCUAGCUUCAAUCGAUACCGUACCAGUGUACAAUUACUUAUUCUUUUUAACAUCCUCAAUUUGUUUGGAACCAUCAUAGUGAUCGUCUCCUUGGAAAUUC